UUUAGUUGUAGUUGGGCAGUUGCUAGGGAAGCGCUUUAGGAUUAAAGUGGUCCAGGCAACCAAUCCAUAGAGUUUAGAAGAUAAAUUCCUAUUUAACUUUUCGAGUAACAACAACGUCCUUGCAUUCUGAGCAGAUAUCCUUGGCAUCACAAAAACAAAUGGCUCUGCCGCAUCACAAGUUCAGCGCCGUUGUCCUGAGCCUCGUCCUGCUGCUGUCGCUGUCGCCAUCAGAGACGCAGUCAAAGCUCCUCACACGCUGCCAGCUGGCCAAGGAGCUGUUGCGUCACGACUUCCCGCGCAGCUAUCUUUCAAAUUGGGUUUGUCUCGUGGAAUCGGAGAGCGGCAGAAGCACAUCAAAGUCAAUGCAGCUGCCAAAUCAGAGCGUUAGCUACGGCCUCUUCCAGAUAAACAGUAAGAACUGGUGUCGCAAGGGACGUCGCGGUGGCAUAUGCAACAUCAAAUGCGAAGAGUUCCUUAACGAUGAGAUCUCCGAUGAUUCGCGUUGCGCAAUGCAGAUCUUCAAUCGUCAUGGAUUUCAAGCCUGGCCUGGCUGGAUGACCAAAUGUCGUGGUCGCACAUUACCGGAUGUCUCACGCUGCUAAGCUGCAACUGCAGUUGCAGUUGAGAACUCGACAAAUUUAGUAUUUUAGCUGUUAGUUUUAAGUCUCGCUUCAUUUGCUUUCCAUUGCAUUUCAAUUCAAUUAUAUAAAACGUUA